AAACGCGAAACCACGAACGACAAGAGCGCGCGCCCGCCGCGGUUGUUGCAAAAGUGAAAAGUGAAAUGUGUGUACGACCGACGACGACGACGACCCACGACGACGCGCCAUGUGCGCGCACCGCGUGAAGUCAUCGCUUUGGAGGUGGGGAGAAGGCGCGCGUAUUACACCACACUCGUGCUCGUACCGGAAUUGGCUCGAGCGCGCGCAGUCACUGCUCGGGAACGGCACGGUAUCAACGUGCGCUGCGCGUGCUUGGUCGUAAGUUGCGCAGGUCGAAAAGUGGGUUAAGAUGAGCUUUUGGGUGACAUUGGUGCUGGCGGCGAUCGUGUCCGGGCGGGGCGUGCGUGCCAUCAGCUACCGGAAGGAUACGGGAUUUGCCACGGAUGGGAAGGAUCAGUUCGUGUUCCGGGAGCCGGGUGUGACGGCAGUGGCAAGAGAACCUUCUCUCGUGGAUCAUGGACAGUUUACACCGAUGUACACCCCUCACUACAGUGCCGAUUCGCCGGUGAAGCGAGCCGGAAGGAUCCGUUUCGUGGACGAUUCCGAUGCGUCACCGUCCACCACCACGGUGAAUGGAGCUGUUAGUGGGAGCAAUUUCUUCGGCAAAGGAUCCGUCGCCGACGUCUCACCGGCUGGAUCGCCGUUCGGGCAGCGUGAAGGUGACCAAUUUUACACCGUCGGUGCAUCGAUACAGUUUGCCGGAGGAAAUGCGGGAGGAGACACGAUCACUCCACCACCGCCAGCAGGCAGUCAGCAGAAACCGAAAAGGAAAAAGAACAAGUACAAGUACGUGGCAAACGAUAAGAUCUACAAUACGGAAGGUGGAUUUGAGCAGCCUGGGCAGUAUGGGGCGUAUUCGACCUACACCGGAACGCCGCCGCAACGAUUUUCGGCCCCACUGCAGGGCAACUAUUUGACGGUGAAUGGAGCCCGUCCGCAGCAGCAACAAGGUGUACAAGGGCAGUACGACGGUAGUUCAAUGCUGAACUAUCCCGAGCUGCAGAAGCAACAGUAUCCGUUCAGCAUUGCCCCACAGAGCGGUGCUUACAAUCCGUACAGUUCGUACAAUCCGUACCAGUAUCCUUCGGAGUCGCCGUACCCGUACGCUUCAGAGUCACCGUACGCUACCAAUCCGUACCAACAGCAACCGCAAGGAUACUAUCCACCGCAACAGUCACUGCCUAUUUCCAGCGGUCUAGCGCAACCGCCAAACGCGCAGAGCAUCCUGGGGGUGCUUCAGAGCAUCUUCAACUUUGCCCCCGGCACGUUCGGAUCGUUCGGAGCGGCAACGACGCCGCAACGUCCGGGUGGUGCUUUCGCCAGCCCUGGAGCCGGCUUUGGUGGCGUUGGCGGUGGUGUGGGUGGUCAGCUGCGCCAAGCGUUGGAUAACAUUUCCGAAAACGACGAGCUGCAGUGCGUGCCGAAGCUGAUCUGCAUGAUGUCGCGCAGCUCGACCGGCCAGGGCUUUAGCAGCUACGUUAACCGGGGUCUACUGUCGACCAUCCUCACCGCCGUGCCGGACAGCUCACCGUGGCUCAAGUUUUCCCGGGCCGCCCUGCUAGGGUACGGCAUUGGGGCGAACAGCUGCGACGCGUACUAUCCCAAGUGUCCGAAGGAUGAGAUGCAGAUCCUGUACUACCUGAACAACCAUCGGGGUGGGUUUUUCCGCUUCUUCAGCAAUGGUGAGCAACCGCAGCAGCAGCAGCAGCAACAGUAUCAGCAGCAGCAGUUCGGGUAGAGAAACCUGCAACGGAACCAACAGUGAUCAGAGUCAAAUCGAACCUAAACUACACGACGAAAUGUGCCAAUCUGAAUGGAUAGAGGAGACAAUAGGACAGCCCUUUCCUAACUUGUUAUUUAUUAUGUGACACAAACGUAUACCUGUGUGUCUCUCUCGCGUGUGUGUGCGUAUAUAUGCGUGUCCCGGAAGCACCCAAGCAAGUGGCCGCCCUUUUUAGAGAGCGCGGCUGUGCGUAACUAAUAUUGCUCGCUGUCCGUGGGAAAGUGAUUUGUGUGGAACAGAAUUUGAUGCACACCGCCAUGGCCAUGACCGGCGAUGUUUCUUUUUUCGGGAUGAGCUGUGAGAAAGCUACUCCCUCGAUUUUGUCUUUAUCACACGCCACAUUUAACCGUAGCCAAAGCGUGGCUAGAUGGCGCAAAUAAUACCAACUACACGCAACACACCGUUGGCGCACGAUUUGCGUAAACUUAAUACAAGUUUUAGCGGGUUUUGUGUGUGCAUUUUUUAAAGCUAUUUAAUUGAACGAUGUUCAACAGCAAAGACUUAGGGAUUGUCGUUUAAUAAAUUAAAGUAAUAAAAACUAUCACUUAACAUCGUGUUGUGAAUUUGUUUUGCGC